CUAAUUACAAUCUUGCUCCUCCGCCGCUGGGAAGAACUAUUUUCUCUCAGUCAGAGUGGUACUUUUGAAUAAUUACUUCCAAAUAGGGAACCCAUACCAGACUAUUUAUCUCAGUACCCACGUUAUGAAGUAUUUCUAGGGCUUGGCCUGACGCAAAGUGUACGAGGCUCGGAGAGACACGUCGCGGAAGGAUCCGGUUUGUUGUGGUGAAGGGGCGGACAGACGCUGACAAACCAAGAUGGCGGCGGCGGCGAUGAAGGCCGCGGCGCUUGUGAGGUGACUGUGGUGGUGAAGGCUGUGGCAGUUGAGAGGGAGCAGCAGAGUUUGGAAGAAACGGAGCAGGGAGCAGGACGAAGAGACGGUAGCAGUAGCGUCAGCCUGAGACUCUCAGAGUGCGACAGCCACACGUCCCCCCUAAGUCACUCGGCGGGCGGCGGCCGCCCGGCUUAGGGCCUAGUCCCCGAGCAGUGCCUCGGCUUCAAACAGCGCGGCGCCAUGAGUCCUUAAGGGCGGCCCAAGUCCUCCUGAUCCUUGGCUCAGACCUCGGCCCACCAUGGAGCCGGGGUCCGACGACUUCUUACCGCCGCCGGAGUGCCCGGUGUUCGAGCCUAGCUGGGCCGAGUUCCGAGACCCUCUUGGCUACAUCGCGAAAAUCAGGCCCAUCGCGGAGAAGUCGGGCAUUUGCAAGAUCCGCCCACCCGCGGACUGGCAGCCACCCUUUGCUGUGGAAGUGGACAACUUUAGGUUUACCCCCCGAAUCCAGAGGCUGAAUGAGCUAGAGGCCCAGACGAGAGUGAAACUGAACUACUUGGACCAGAUUGCCAAGUUCUGGGAAAUCCAGGGCUCCUCCUUAAAGAUUCCCAAUGUAGAACGGCGGAUCUUGGACCUCUACAGUCUCAGCAAAAUUGUGGUGGAGGAAGGUGGUUAUGAAGCCAUUUGCAAGGACCGUCGGUGGGCUCGGGUGGCCCAGCGUCUCAACUACCCACCAGGCAAAAACAUUGGCUCCCUGCUACGCUCCCACUAUGAACGCAUCGUUUAUCCCUAUGAGAUGUACCAGUCUGGAGCCAACCUUGUGCAGUGUAACACACGUCCAUUUGAUAAUGAAGAAAAGGACAAGGAAUACAAACCCCACAGCAUCCCCCUUCGACAGUCUGUGCAGCCUUCCAAGUUCAACAGCUAUGGCCGGCGGGCCAAGAGACUGCAGCCUGAUCCGGAACCCACAGAGGAAGACAUUGAAAAGAAUCCAGAGCUGAAGAAGCUCCAGAUCUAUGGGGCAGGCCCCAAGAUGAUGGGCCUAGGCCUCAUGGCCAAGGAUAAGACCCUGCGAAAGAAAGAUAAGGAAGGGCCUGAGUGUCCCCCCACUAUAGUGGUGAAGGAGGAGUUAGGUGGGGAUGUGAAAGUGGAGUCAACCUCACCUAAGACCUUUCUGGAGAGCAAGGAGGAGCUGAGUCACAGCCCAGAGCCCUGCACCAAGAUGACCAUGAGGCUGCGGAGGAACCACAGCAAUGCCCAGUUUAUCGAGUCAUAUGUGUGCCGGAUGUGUUCCCGAGGGGAUGAAGAUGACAAGCUCCUGCUCUGCGAUGGCUGUGAUGACAACUACCAUAUCUUCUGUCUGCUGCCUCCUCUGCCUGAGAUCCCUAAGGGUGUCUGGCGGUGCCCAAAGUGUGUCAUGGCGGAGUGUAAGCGGCCCCCUGAAGCCUUUGGCUUUGAGCAGGCUACCCGGGAAUACACUCUGCAGAGCUUUGGCGAGAUGGCUGACUCUUUUAAAGCUGACUACUUCAACAUGCCCGUGCACAUGGUACCCACAGAACUUGUGGAGAAGGAGUUCUGGCGACUAGUGAAUAGCAUUGAGGAAGAUGUGACUGUUGAGUAUGGAGCUGACAUCCAUUCCAAAGAAUUUGGCAGCGGUUUCCCUGUCAGUGACAGUAAGCGGCACCUGACCCCUGAGGAGGAGGAGUAUGCUACCAGUGGUUGGAAUCUGAAUGUGAUGCCAGUGUUGGAGCAGUCAGUACUGUGCCACAUCAAUGCGGAUAUCUCCGGCAUGAAGGUGCCCUGGCUCUACGUGGGCAUGGUCUUCUCUGCCUUUUGCUGGCACAUUGAGGAUCACUGGAGUUACUCCAUUAACUAUCUCCACUGGGGUGAGCCAAAGACCUGGUAUGGGGUACCAUCACUUGCAGCAGAACAUUUGGAAGAGGUGAUGAAGAAGCUGACACCUGAGCUUUUUGAUAGCCAGCCUGACCUCCUGCACCAACUUGUCACCCUCAUGAAUCCCAACACCCUCAUGUCCCAUGGUGUCCCGGUUGUCCGCACAAACCAGUGUGCAGGAGAAUUCGUCAUCACCUUCCCCCGUGCUUACCAUAGCGGCUUCAACCAAGGCUACAACUUUGCCGAGGCCGUCAACUUUUGCACUGCCGACUGGCUGCCAGCUGGGCGCCAGUGCAUUGAGCACUACCGGCGGCUCCGAAGAUACUGCGUCUUCUCCCAUGAGGAGCUAAUCUGCAAGAUGGCCGCCUGCCCAGAGAAGCUAGACCUGAACCUUGCGGCUGCUGUGCAUAAGGAGAUGUUUAUCAUGGUGCAGGAGGAGAGGCGUCUACGAAAGGCCCUGCUGGAGAAGGGCGUUACGGAGGCUGAGCGAGAGGCGUUUGAGCUGCUCCCAGAUGACGAGCGUCAGUGUAUCAAGUGCAAGACCACGUGUUUCCUGUCAGCCCUGGCUUGCUAUGACUGCCCAGAUGGCCUUGUCUGCCUUUCCCACAUCAACGACCUCUGCAAGUGCUCCAGUAGCCGGCAGUACCUGCGGUAUCGGUACACCUUGGAUGAGCUCCCUGCUAUGCUGCAUAAGCUGAAGGUUCGGGCCGAGUCCUUUGACACCUGGGCCAACAAAGUGCGAGUGGCCCUGGAGGUGGAGGAUGGGCGGAAGCGCAGCCUUGAAGAACUGAGGGCUUUAGAAUCUGAGGCCCGCGAGCGGAGGUUUCCUAACAGUGAGCUGCUGCAGCGACUGAAGAACUGCCUGAGCGAGGCAGAGGCUUGUGUGUCCCGAGCUCUGGGACUGGUCAGCGGCCAGGAAGCUGGCCCUCACAGGGUGGCUGGUCUACAGAUGACCCUGGCUGAGCUCCGGGCCUUUCUGGACCAGAUGAACAACCUGCCUUGUGCCAUGCACCAGAUUGGGGAUGUCAAGGGGAUUCUGGAACAGGUGGAAGCCUACCAGGCUGAGGCUCGUGAGGCCCUGGCCUCGCUGCCCUCCAGUCCAGGGCUACUGCAGUCCCUCUUGGAGAGGGGGCAGCAGCUGGGGGUGGAGGUGCCUGAGGCCCAGCAGCUCCAACGGCAGGUGGAACAGGCGCAAUGGCUGGAUGAGGUGAAACGCACACUGGCCCCCUCAGCCCGAAGGGGCACCCUAGCUGUCAUGCGGGGACUGUUGGUUGCGGGCGCCAGUGUAGCCCCUAGCCCUGCUGUGGAUAAGGCCCGGGCUGAGCUACAAGAGCUGCUGACCAUUGCUGAACGCUGGGAGGAGAAAGCCCACCUCUGCCUGGAGGCCAGGCAGAAGCAUCCACCAGCCACGCUCGAGGCCAUAAUCCGUGAAGCAGAAAACAUCCCUGUUCACCUGCCCAACAUCCAGGCUCUCAAGGAGGCUCUUGCUAAAGCCCGGGCCUGGAUUGCCGAUGUGGAUGAGAUCCAAAAUGGUGACCACUACCCUUGCUUGGAUGACUUGGAGGGCCUUGUGGCUGUGGGCCGAGACCUACCUGUGGGGCUGGAGGAGCUGAGACAGCUGGAGCUGCAGGUACUGACAGCACACUCCUGGAGGGAGAAGGCCUCCAAGACCUUCCUCAAGAAGAAUUCUUGCUACACCUUGCUGGAGGUGCUCUGCCCAUGUGCAGAUGCUGGCUCAGACAGCACCAAGCGCAGCCGGUGGAUGGAGAAGGAGCUGGGGUUGUACAAAUCCGACACAGAGCUGCUGGGGCUGUCUGCCCAGGACCUCAGGGACCCAGGCUCUGUGAUCGUGGCCUUCAAGGAGGGGGAACAGAAGGAGAAGGAGGGUAUCCUGCAGUUGCGUCGCACCAACUCAGCCAAGCCCAGUCCACUGGCAUCAUCGACUACAGCCUCCUCUGCAACCUCUAUCUGUGUGUGUGGGCAGGUGCCAGCUGGGGUGGGAGCUCUGCAGUGUGACCUGUGUCAGGACUGGUUCCAUGGGCGGUGUGUGUCCGUGCCCCACCUCCUCAGUUCUCCGAGGCCCAAUCCCACCUCAUCCCCACUGCUGGCCUGGUGGGAAUGGGACACCAAAUUCCUGUGUCCACUGUGUAUGCGCUCACGGCGCCCACGCCUGGAGACCAUCCUAGCACUGCUCGUAGCCCUGCAGAGACUGCCUGUGCGACUGCCCGAGGGUGAAGCCCUGCAAUGCCUCACAGAGAGGGCCAUCAGCUGGCAAGGCCGUGCCAGACAGGCCCUGGCCUCUGAGGAUGUGACUGCUCUGUUGGGACGGCUGGCUGAGCUACGCCAACGGCUACAGGCUGAACCCAGGCCUGAGGAGCCCUCUGCCUGCCCUUCAGCCCCUGCCUCUGACCCACUCAGAGAAGGCAGUGGCAAAAAUAUGCCUAAGGUCCAGGGCUUGCUGGAGAAUGGAGACAGUGUGACCAGUUCUGAGAAGGUAGCCCUGGAGGAGGGCUCAGGUAAGAGAGAUCUGGAGCUGCUGUCCUCACUGUUGCCACAAUUGAAUGGCCCUGCCUUGGAGCUGCCUGAGGCAACCCGGGCCCCCCUGGAGGAACUCCUGAUGGAAGGGGACCUGCUUGAGGUGACCCUGGAUGAGAACCACAGCAUCUGGCAGCUGCUGCAGGCUGGACAGUCUCCAGACCUGGAGAGGAUCCGUACACUUCUGGAGACAUACUACCCUGCUGCUGCAUCCUCCGAAAUGUUGCCACAUCCCUCAGGAUGGUUCCUGAGUCUACAGGAACCAGAUUCAACUUUUCUCUGGAGGUGAUCCUAUCAUCUUCAUUGAAAUCAGAAAACCGUCAGAGAGCUCAUUCAUGAUCUCUCACCAUGAAUCCCACCUACAGAAAUAAAUGAUUGCUAUGCUUUAUAAUCAUGAUGGUGAACAUUUAUGUAUUAGUUAAGGUAAUGCUAGCUUUUGGGGACAGAAAAAUAUUCUGAGAUUUAAAACAAUACAAGUUUACUUCUUGUUCCUGUAGUAUUCCAAAACAGGUGUUAAUAGUUGGGCUCCCUCUUCUAAGUGAUGAUUUAGGAGUCUAAGCACCUUCUAUCCAGAGAGUCUGCUACCUUCAAAACAUGGUAGUCAUCAUUGUACUAUUGUCAUCUCCAUCCCAGCUAGCCAGAAGAGGAAAAGACUAUAUCAGAGGUUUCUAUGAACUAAGCCUGGCUGUAGUAAACAUCACUUCUCACAUUCUAUUAGCUAGAACUCAGACAGCAGGCAAGGGACACUGGAAAAUGUAGCUUGAAUUUGUCCCUAGGAGGAAGAGGAAACAGCUUUAAUGUCCACCUAGCUAGUCUCUGCCACACUUCAUAAUGUAUUUCACAAAGCCCUUGUAAAAGAAAUGUCCAUAGUUAGAGGGUGAGUUGAAUGGGUUACAAAUGAUUAAUCGAUUACAACAUUCUCAUUGCCCUAACCAUUUGGAUCCCUCUGUCUACAUUGUACCAUGGAAUUUCUGACAUCUUAACCUCAUAUAGCACAGACUGCUGUUGAGUCCAGGUUUUGGUCAAUCAGUAGAACUCCUAGCUACUUGAGCUAACAAAGUACAACCAGGAUUACUGAUGAGUGUACCCAUAUCGAAAAGUUUGGCCCUACCAAAACCAGAUAAAGACAUCACAAGAAAAGAAAAUUACAGAAAAAGAUCCGUUAUGAAUAUAGAUGCAAAAUUCCCCACUAGCAAAAUAAAUCCAACAGCAUAGUAAAAGUACUAUAUACCAUAGCCAAGUGGGAUUAUUUUAGGAAUGCAUGAAUGGUUCAAUAUAACAAAAUUGAUCAAGGUAAUAGAUCACGUUACUAGAACAAAGGAAAAAAACAACACAUGCUCACCUCAAUUGAUGUUGAAAAGUCAUUUCAGAUGUAGAAAAGACAGAGCCAAUAAAUUCAGCAAAGUUGCAGAGUGCAAGAUCAACACAUAAAAAUCAGUUGUGAUUUUAUACACU